GUUUCCAAUCACCACCUCCACUGGCAUGCCCUCUGACCUUCAGCGGGGCAGUAUAUAUAGCUGGGAGAGAUAAGUGGAAGGCCCCUGGCAGCCAAAAUGAAGUCUCUGCUGUCUGUGUGCUGCGUGCUGUCUCUGUUGGGCCUGUCUGCUGCAGGGUCCACUGUCCACAAUGAGGAGCCUCUGGUGCAUCUGCAGCUCCAGCACCCGGAGGGAGACCUGUUCUCCUGCGGGUGUGACACAACGGAGGAGCACGGCAGCCAAAGCUCCUCCAAUGACACCCCGGCCCCCGAGAGGGCCCUGUGUCAGCCCUGCACACCUCCAACAGCUGUAGAUGCUGAAGAAGAGCCAGAAGUAACCUCAGCGCAUGAAGAAAAGGAGGGGGAGGCGGCUCUUGUGGAGGCUUCCACAGAGGAGGUAACAAGUGAUGGACAGGAAGAGGCUUCCGAGAUAGAGGAAGUUGCAUCUGAGGUGGCGGUUGAGGAGGAAGGGGAAGAAGUAGCUGAUGAGGUGGCCUCAGCUGAAGUUGAGGAUGAGGAAGAGAAAAUCAAGGAAGAAGAGGAAGAAGCAGAGAAAGAAGAGGACUUGAGUGAACCUCAGGAGGAAGCUGCUGCUGAAGAAACCGUUGAGCAACCAGAGGAGGAGACAGAAGCAGAGGCUGAGGAGGAGGUGGCAGAGGCUGAACCAGAACCAGAAGCAGAACCAGUUGAGCUUCCUCAAACAGACUCAGACAUUGAAGCAACCGAGGCAGAAGUAAUUCCAGAGUCUGAACCAGAACCAGAGGUGACUGCAGAGCCUGAACCAGAAGCAGAGGAGACUGCACAGCCUGAACCAGAAUCAGAGGUGGUUGAAGAGCCUGAACCAGAGGCAGAGGUGGUUACAGAGCCUGAACCAGAAGAGAUUGCAGAGCCUGAACCAGAACCUGAGGUAAUUGCAGAGCCUGAACCAGAACCAGAUGUGAUUGCAGAGCCUGAACCAGAACCUGAGGUAAUUGCAGAGCCUGAACCAGAAGCAGAAGCAAUUUCAGAGCCUGAACCAGAAGCAGAAGCAAUUUCAGAGCCUGAACCAGAAGCAGAAGCAAUUUCAGAGCCUGAACCAGAACCUGAGGUAAUUGCAGAGCCUGAACCAGAAACAGAAGCAAUUUCAGAGCCUGAACCAGAACCAGAGGUGAUUGAAGAGCCCAAGCCUGAAGUCAUUUCAGAGCCGGAAGCGAUUCAAGAGCCUGAACCAGAACCAGAGGCUCUUCCUGAAUUGGAGCCAGAGUCUGUUGUGGAAGAUGUCACACCUGAAUCUGUAGAGGAGGCAUCAGUAGAUGCUGUUGAGGAAGCACCUGUUGUUGCCGAAGAGGUGAUGGUGGAGGAGUUGACGGUGGAGGAGGUGACGGUGGAGGAGGUGACAGCAGAGAAGUCUGCACAGCUGAAAACCAAAGGGCGUGCAGCAGCAGGCCGUACACUGAGGGACCGCUCCCACAUCGAGGACACACUGCGAUUGGCUAGUGAGGAAACCUCAGAUGAGUUCUCAGCUCCCAUGAAGAAACUAUUGAGCAUCUACCACAAUGCCAUCAAGCCAAUGGAGCAAGCCUUCAAGUACAACGAGCUCAGGCAGCAUGAAGUCACAGACGGUGAGAUCACCUCCAAGCCCAUGGUUUUGUUCCUGGGACCGUGGAGUGUCGGCAAGUCCUCCAUGAUCAACUACCUGCUGGGUCUCCAUGGCACUCCACAGGAGCUAUACACAGGCGCUGAGCCCACCACCUCAGAGUACACAGUCAUAAUGCACGGGGAGAAGUUUCGCUCCGUAGAGGGCAUUGUCAUGGCAGCAGACAGCUCUCGGUCCUUUUCACCUCUGGAGAAGUUCGGCCAAGGCUUCCUGGAGCGGCUGGUCGGCAUCGAGAUGCCCCACAAGCUGUUGGAGAGGGUCACCUUCGUCGACACACCCGGCAUCAUUGAAAACCGCAAGCAGCAGGAGAGAGGUUACCCCUACAAUGACGUGUGCCAGUGGUUCAUCGAUAGAGCGGAUCUGAUCUUCCAGGUGUUCGACCCCACCAAACUGGACGUGGGCGGGGAACUGGAGAUGCUUUUCAAGCAGAUGAAGGGUCGCGAGUCCCAGAUUCGCCUCAUCCUCAACAAGGCCGACAGUCUCUCCACCCAGAACCUGAUGAGGGUGUACGGGGCUCUGUUCUGGAGCAUGGCACCGCUGAUCAAAGUCACGGAGCCUCCUCGGGUCUACGUCAGCUCCUUCUGGCCUCAGGACUACGCUGCAGACACCAGCCGGGAGCUCUUCAUGAAGGAAGAGACGUCUCUGCUGGAGGACCUCAACCAGGUUAUUGAGAAUCAGAUGGAGAACAAGAUCGCUUUCAUCCGCCAGCAUGGCAUCCGUGUGCGGAUCCACGCCCUGCUGGUGGACCGCUACCUGCAGACCUACAACGACAAGCUGGGGUGGUUCAGCGACCCCUACGAGGUUUUCCAAGACAUUGUCAGCGACCCCGACAAGUAUUACAUCUUCAAAUCCAUUCUGGCCAAAACCAACGUCAGCAAGUUUGACCUGCCCAACAAGGAAGCCUACCAGGAUUUCUUCGGAGUGAACCCGGUCUCCGGCUUCAAGCAGCUCUCCUCCCACUGCAGCUGGAGCGGAGGCUGUCUGUUGGAGAAGCUCGAGAGGGCGAUCUCACAUGAGCUCCCCGCUCUGCUCAGCAGCGUCAGCAAGGCCGCAGACAAGCCUGCCCCUGUCAAGGCUGCACCCGCCCCUCCACCUCCCCUCCCAGGCACCUGUGAGGGUCCUGGGUGUGAGGAGAAACCCAAGAACCGCUGGAGGAAGCAGUGAGAUGUAGGAGAGCGGUACAAGGGGAGGAACAGAAGAGGGAACUACAGUGUCUCCUGAAGUGAUCCUCGCUGCUGAGAUUUUCAGAACUGGGUAUGGGAAGACCAUGUGGGGAGAGAGAAAGAGAACAAACGUGGGUCAGAAUACUUCUUAGUGCCUGUUUUUAGCUGGAUGGAAUACCAAAUUGAUUUGGAUAGUUCGAGUGAAUUGGAUAUGACAGAAAGGUAUACCCAAGUCAUUUUCAUUUACUUUUCAACAACCAUCUAAUGCACAUUGUCCUGUAAGACACCCUUCAGGUAUUAGCAUCAAAUUAAGGUCAAAACUAAAAGUUAAAAGUGACAUAUUAGCAGAGUUUGGUUGGAAAUAAAAAGUAGUAAACGAGGCCUCAAUUCAACUUUCCAUCUGAAGCUAUUGCUGUAUGCGAAAUGUGAGAAGGAGAAACAAACUUCCCAAUCAUAAAUCCCAGACAUCUAUUUCCUUUGUAACCUUCCAUGUUAAUGAAAUCUGAGAAUGAAUGUUUUCUCACUGUUUUUAAGUUUGUACAUUAUUUAUUCAAGUUUUCUCCUUUUAAAACAGAGGCUGGCAGCGAUUGUCAUUCACCAGUGAUUCAGUAGAUGCUGCAACUCUUUUGUCUGCUGUAUUGUUGAGAUUCAAACUGCUUUGCUGUGUUUUUACAGUUAAACCAGGCUAGGCUAUUACCACUUCAGGAAGCUCCUUUUUUUCAUAAGUUGGACAAUAAAAUAGAGAGACUCUCGUAGUGUUUUAUAUAGCAGAACCAUGUUUAGUCCUCACAUUACUGUAUACUGUGCUGUCAUUUUCUCUUCAUUGUACUUUACUACGUUAAUAGUAACAUGUUUUGUUUCAAUAUUUCUCAUUCAUCAGACUGAAAUGACUGAAUGCAACCAUGGUGUCAUUUGAUCGUAGCUUUUAUUUGAUUUUAGUUUGCAUUUAAUGCUUCUGCUGACUUUCAGCCCUCUGAAUGUUGCUACCUGAACGCGGCUGCAUACCACAUGGGCAUUUCCUUUAAUUAUUGUAAUAAUUUUCUUUUAGGUCUGUUUGUAAAAUUCCUUCUUUUGAGUAAACAACAACAAUAAUGAA